AUACAUGAAUUCCCAGCGGUGGACAUGUACGUAUCGGGGACAGGUAAACAGAUGGUGACGUAAAGGCAACGCGCCAUUGAAGGCGGAAGCAGCUGCCUGCAACUGCAACCGGCUGACGACACUUGAUCUGCAGGCGAGGAAGACAACAACGAGCAACCUGACCCACCUACCAACCCGACAGCCUUGCUUCCAUUGGAGACAAAUGCUAGCCUCCAGGUAGGAAGCCAGUCGAUCCGGUGGCGGGGCCCAACUCACAGACUCCGCCAAUCAACCCUCCGGAUGGCCGCCGAGAGCACUGCCCCGCCGCCACCGUCUCUUCCUCCUCCGGCAACCGCCGCCGCGCUUCGUCAUCCGAGACUGUCGGGGUUCGAGCAGCUGGACGCGCGCGUCAAGGAGCUGACCUCGUCGCAGGCGGAGUUGCUGGAGAGGAUCCAGAAGCUGAAACAGGAGGUGCAGAACUGGCGCUCCAACGUAGAGACACAGGUCAGGACAUGCCAGAAUGAACUCCAGGGUCUGAAGAAGGGACUUGACUCUGAAGUGGAGCAGCUGAAAUUGGAAAUGAAGGAGAUUAGGUCCGCAAUCCAGAAAGAGAAGGGUAAUCUACCUACGCAAAUCACAACUUUAGAGAUGAGCAAUAACGACACAGAACAAGCCCUGCAGACCCAAGACAAAGCAUUGAAGGUUGACACUGAUGCUAGUAUGGAAGAACAAACAGCAACACAAGCGUGAAUUGGUACUACCUUCCAGAGGUGAAGUUUAUCCUGCUGGAUAUUCAGCUCCUUUCGGUGGAUCAAAAAGGAAAAAAGCUGGCAAAUACACUAAAUCAUAUGUAGUACUCGUAUUAUUUUUGAAUCCAUACCAUCAGGUGCAAAUAUCUACCAGUACCAGCAAACUGAAGUGCAAUGUUUCGGAUUAAUCUUGUAAGGUGGUCAACUACAUGUACAAGAAUUGCUUGUUUUGUAACAGUUCCAAGUCUACAACUUCAAUUUUCAAAUGAAGUAUGCACAACAACCUCUGGUUCUACACAUGCUAGAAAUAAAAGAUGUGCUACCCGAU